GGUGUCAGGAUGUUGGAUGGAGAUGUGACUGAUUCAGUGGAGGCGCAGGCCUUGAGUCUCAACAAUUACCACAUCGACAUCUACAGCGCUUCGUGGGGUCCUGAAGACAAUGGGCAGGCCCUCGACGGCCCUGGCACCCUGGCUAGGAAGGCCAUUUUUGAUGGGAUCGUUUCGGGUCGGAAUGGCUUGGGCAACAUAUUUGUGUGGGCCUCUGGUAAUGGCGGUAGUAAGGGCGACAGUUGUGCCUGUGAUGGUUACACUAACAGUAUAUAUACCUUGUCGGUGAGCAGCGUGUCUGAACACGGCACAGUGCCCUGGUAUUCUGAGCCGUGUUCUUCGACGAUGGCAUCUACGUACAGCAGCGGGGCAAAUGGAGCUGAAAAGUCCAUUAUAACGACAGACCUCCAUCACAGAUGCACCACCGAGCACACAGGAACUUCAGCCAGUGCGCCUCUGGCCGCUGGCCUCUGUGCCCUCGCCCUUGAGGCCAAGUAA